CCCCCUUCUCUCCCGCUCUGCUCUGCUCCCCGACUGAUCUCCUCGAGCUCCAGAGAUAACAACCGCGCAGCUCGCUCCCGUUCUGCUCCAUCGCCGUCUCGGCAUCUCCUGUUGCUAAAGCUCUUCGCUUUCCAGCCAUGGCCGCGAACUCCCCCUUCGACUGCGUCCUCCUAGACCUCGACGACACGCUGUACCCGGGCGACACCGGCCUCGGCCCGGCCCUGAGGCGCAACAUCGACGAGUUCCUCCAGGCCAAGCUCGGCGUCUCGGCCGAGCGCGCCGCCGCCAUGCGCGUCGAGCUCUUCCGCACCCACGGCAGCUCCCUCGCCGGGCUCAUCGCGCUCGGCUACGACGUGCACCCGGAUGAGUACCACAGGUCAGCAGAGAGCACGCAAGCAACACGCACACCACAACUUUAUUUUAUAAUUCCUGCCGCCGAUCAGCACGCAUUAGCUGACUGCAUUUCGUCCAAACCAAGUAACCAACUGAUUGAAUCCUGCUUGGCGUUGCAGCUACGUGCACGGCAUGCUGCCGUACGACAUGAUCGCCGCCGACCCGCAGCUGGCGCGGACGCUGCAGAGCAUCCCGCAGCGCAAAGUGCUGUUCACGAACUCGGACCGCGCGCACAUGAAGCGGGCGCUGGAGCGGCUGGGCGUCGACGAGGCCGUCUUCGACGACGUGGUGUGCUUCGAGACCAUGAACCCGCACCUCUUCGGCGAGGCGAGGGAGGAGGAGCGCGCCGCCGGCGGCGACCCCCCGGUCGUGGUCCUCAAACCGUCGGUGGACGCCAUCGUGGCGGGCCUGCGCGUCGCCGGCACGAACCCACGCCGGACGCUCUUCCUCGACGACAGCGAGAGGAACAUCGCCGCGGGGAAAGCGCUCGGCCUCCGCACCGCCCUGGUUGGCAAGAGGGUGCGGAGCAAGGAGGCGGACUACGCCCUGGAGAGCAUCGGCGCGCUCCGGCGUGCCAUCCCGGAGAUCUGGGGCGUCGCCGCCGGCGGCGAGGGUAUCACCGAACGCUCGGACCACGGCAUCGACAAGACGCCCAUGAGGUCCGACCUGGACUCCAUCAUCCAGCCCACGUCCAUCCAGGCCUAACUCCAUCGGGUUCCCCUGAUGAUCGAUGAUGCCACUAAAUAAAGCUCUCCCACCCUCACUCAAUCAUCGUGUAAAUUAUUCUGAUUGCUGAUGCGUGUGUCCGUGUGUGAAUACAUGUACCUAGCUAGCUGACAGGCGUGUACAGUAAUGCAUUUCUGAUCAGCUCACCGGCGUGUUCUAGAACUA